AUGAGCUCUCCCUUGGGAAGAAAGCGUCGUCACUCAGGCAUGAAUGAAGCCAGCUAUUCUUCUUCGCCAACCACACUGAGCUCUACCGCUACAGGACAGGCUUCUGCCACGCUUCAAGGAGCAGUCAACUACGGCCACGGAUGGGCAGCGAACUCUACAGCCAUGAGCAGCGUUGUGCAAGGCAACAUUGGUCCGCCUCAACCCGUAUCCGACUCACCCUACAAACAAGUCAGCGAGCUUCACAACAUGAACCUCAUGGGAAACGAGGUCGAAAUGCCAUUGUUCGACUCUCCUUCUAACGGUCAAGCGUCCAACGUUUUCACGGAUGCAGAAACAGAGGAAUUCAUUAGACUGCUUCAAUCUGCCAUCGCCGAAGACGAUUCUGUGAACGACAACCCCGGCUACAGCUCUGGUGCAGCCUCAUCCUCUCCCAUGGACCAGACCAAUAAUCAAGUCGUCCUGAACAGCAACACUGAGCUGGACUCGACCUUCUUCCCCGAUGUUGCAGCCGACUCUGCUUUCUCUUCCUCCAGUCCCGCAGACAACUCGAACACUUCCCCCAAUACCGCAGCCACUCUGGACUCCUCUCCACCGAUCGUUACAGCAACAAGCGCAGAUAAUGUCUACAGCACUUUCCAAAGUCCCGGUCAGGCCACUGCAUUCGAGGGUAUCAACAAUUUUGGCGGCCAGCAGAUUUCUGGUUCGUUUCAACACGAGGCUGUCCACCCUCGAUUUCAGACAAUUGCAAGAGAUGGACAAAUACAUACGAAGUCGGGAGAACAGACCAACAACGGCCGUGCUAGUCGCCUGUCAGGCCCUGAUGCUCGCACGUCUGGCUUUCCGCAGUCGUCGCUGGCCUCUCAACAACCCACCAGCCAGAGCCAUCCAGGUCUCAAGACGCUGGGUAGUCCGUUUCAUCCCACGUCUGCUGCCGAGAGACUUCAGCAUGAUAUCCAGCCUGUAUUGCACCAUUUCCAAGCUCCCCAAAUGCCAGCCAGAGACCUGCAACCGCAACCUCGUCCAAUGAACAAUGUCUCCCCUACGCCUGUCCCUCGACAAGGCCCACGUCAACCGGCAUCCCAAGCAAGACCUACCCUGGUCAAGGCUACGAAUGGCAGAGUGUCUUCAUUCUCCUCGCCUGGUCUCCCGGCAAUGUCCACAACUGAGCAGAACAUGCCAGCAACUCGUCUUGCGGCAAACGGCCAGUGGGCAAUGAGUAACGACGAUCCGACGUCUCCAGUCCUUCCACCGGCAAAGAGAGCCCGCACUUCGCCCACGUCAACCACCACCAGUGUCGACCCAGAAAGCGUUCUUACCAAUGUGGCUGCGCGGCAAAAUCAAAACUACGAAAUCAUACGCAUGCCUCAACAGUACAACCUUACUAAAUUGACCGAGUAUUUCAAUCAAGCAGACAUCCCUCAAGACUACAAGUGGACAGUCCGCACCUACCAGGAUCAAGAACCACCACCAUCGAGGAUGUGUCAGAUGACUGGUUAUGAGUAUCCCGUUCCUCCUGUCACCGGCAUAUUGGCUCCCACGGUUGAUGGCGAGGCUGGUGCAGAGUCGUACGGACAAAUGCUUCAACGAAUGUUGAAAGAAAGACUUGCCUCUGCUCCGUCUCAUGGUCAAGGUCGGCGUCAAGUAUCAAGCCAGGCCCAUAUUUCACCAGUUCAAGGCCCAGGUCGUCGUCGAGGCUCGGGUCAAGCUCAAGGUCAGGUGCUGACUCAAGCUCAGUCUCAGAGUCAAAGUGCAAUGCAGUCAAUGCAGUCUCAAUUCUAUACCCAAGAGCUGGCUCCUGAUUCAUUGCACGGCCAGGCUUACGGUCAAGCUCAAGUUCAAGGUUGCCCACAGCGUUCAAAUCAGGCUCGAGGCCCAGUCAAUCAAUCAACGAUGGAUCAAGCUCAUGCACAGGCUCAACCUCAUGGUUCCGCGCAGGGUCGAGGUCAUGCUCUGAUCACAAGCGAUGAUCCAAUGCAAGGUCAAGUCUUUGUUGAAGGCCAUACUCAUGAUAUGAUGCAGCAUCAGGGUCAGUGUCAUGCUCAGCCACAAAAUCGUGGUUUGAUCGAAUACCAAAAUGACACCCACUCCCCAGAACAUCAACUGCUCCAUGGUCACAUCUAUGCCCAGGCUCCCGGUCAUGCUUUUUUGCAGAAUCAGACUCAAACUCAUGGUUACAAUCCAAUUCAUGGAGGAGAGCAAGCACAGUUGCUGGCACAGCCUCGCAUGCAGACGUCCCGACCAUUGCGUGGUCCACGCACUCCAAUGUUGCAACAGCAUCAAUCGACUCCACGUCUUUCAGUCGCGCAGCAGCAGCAGGCUAAUGUCACUCCGCGAGCUGGACAUAUAAGACAAGCAUCGACGCCUACCCCGUCGCCACGUUACGUGACUGUCCAGUCGCAGACUCAAGGUCGCCGAGGCCGAGCUCAAGCUCAAGCUCACGGUCAAGGCCAAGCUCACGGUCAAGGCCAAGCUCACGGUCAUGGUCAAGCUCACGGUCAUGGUCAAGCUCAAGGUCAUGGUCAAGCUCAAGGUCAUGGUCAAGCUCAAGGUCAUGGUCAAGCUCAACACAACAUCCCCAGUGCAUCCCACGAAACGGUACUAUCUCCAUCUCAAAGCUACGCUUGGGCUCAGAAUAUGAAUGUAGGCCAGGACGAGCACGAGCCUCAAACCCAACAUGUCCACCCCCCAGCGGACCUGGACCAGGAUCAGGACCACGACCAGGACUUCUGUGAAAUCUACGCCACAAACCAAGUUCAGAAUCAGAAUCAAUUCCAGCCUGAAUUGUUCACCACCCUCCCUUCGACCUCGGAUGGAAUGACCUUCGGUAGCAAUGUGAUAGUCCUGGACGAUUUCGCAACCACUACCGCCGCGACGCUGGACGGCCUCAAUGCCCCCAUUGUCAAUUUUGACAAGUCACUGAAAGUGAAUGCUGAUGCAGCGCAAGACCAAUCGAUAGAGAAUAUGUUUCAGCGAGACAAUCUGGACCAUGACCUUGACCUGGACUUGGGUAUCGACUUGGAUAUCGACAUGCUGAUGGAUACUUACACCGAUACUACUACUCAUGCCAAUACUCAUACUCACACCGAUACCAACACUCAUACCAAUACUCAUACCAGUACCGGAGAGCAUGCAAGCUCGGCCAUCGGUCUAGGGUUGACUCUCGCUACCGACGUCUCGCGGGACACGAACAAGUCCAUCAACCCGAACUUGAAGAUGCAAGUGAACCCGAUUGGCAAUGUGCAUGGUAAUAAACCAAUUCCCAGCUAUGGUAAUCUAGCUGGUGCUGCCGUUACUGCGUCUAUCAAUGCUAUGGACAAUGACAAGAUCAGCAAGACCAGCGACAAGACCAGCGACAAGACCAGCGACAAGACCAGCGACCACAACGCGAAUACUGUCGGCACUAACAACAACAGUGACGGCUACCAUGGCAUAAACAAUGGUAAUGGUAAUACUGCAUCCAUCACCGCUACCACUGCGACAGCCAGUGCCACAACUGUUCCCUCUCCGCCUGAUACUGAUACUGAGUAUGUGAUGAACAACAAUCCCACCAUUACUCCCAACUUGAACACCACCGCCAAUACUCCCAACUUGAACACCAACACCAAUCCCAAUAUCACCAUCAACAAGAAUCCAACCCCACAAGACUCCUCCACCCAACAGCAGCAGAAGCUGCAGCAGACCGAAGCAACACAGCUACAACAACAACAACAACCAUUCGCCUUCAACACCGACCUCCCAGAGUCCGUGGAAGUAUGGCCCUCGGCGCUAGAAGACUUCGACAUGAACGCCAGCGGCGAUCUCGACCUGUCCUCGAUCGACUGGGACAAGGAAUUCGGGUUCUUGAAAGACCUAGAGAAGAACGGGGUCGAUGCGAUCGCGGAGUUGAAUCUGGAUGAGGUGUUUCAGUUUGCUGGGGUGACUGCGGAGCCGGCUGCGGAUUUGGGAUUGUGA